UAUUUUUUUAUUCUUGGUUUCUAUUUUUUAGUUUAAUGUUCCUUUUCUUUACCACAUUUCGUCUUACGCCAUUUUAGAGGGGGAAAGGAAACUUUUAGCAGAGGACUACCUGUGCAGCGCCGUCCACCCGUCCGCCCGUCCGUCAGUCCGUCCUCCCCUGCACAUCAUACAGCCAUACUGAAAUAUAGUAUAAAUACUAGCAUAUACUUUAGUAUUAGGUCAAUAUAAUAUUAAUAUAAACUCUACAAUUGCUGGUCAUAUUAAGCGAAAGUUGAUAACAAAAUGGCGUACCGCUUACUCAACGAUUACGAUACAAAUCAUGACGUUAUUUAUAACACAACUUACACAAGACGGACGGUGACAUCGAAUAGUGAUUGGCCUUCUGCAGUGCCGAGCCACAGCUGGAAAGCCAUUCGUGACGUGGAAGGCUAUACAAAGCCACACAUGGCAUGGGAGUACCGACUUGAUGCUGACGCCGGCGCGGAGCACCAGAUUCCUAAAGGAACCGUACCCUACGUUCACGUGCGAGAUCAAGUGAGAGGUGUGCAGGACAAGAUGGAUCGUCACCGGCAGUUGCUUGACAGAUAUUAUGACCGACCAGCGAUGGAUGUGCUCGACACCCACACUUCUGGGCUGGGUCAUUCUGGCGCACGUACGACUGACGACUCAGCUGGAGCUGAGAUGCUGGGCAAGGUGUCACCCUUACGCAAGAAAAUUAGGAAGGUCAUAUGCAAGUCCCGUCGUGACCCUUCUUAUUAUGAUGAUUAGUUGCCCCAACACUGUUGUCAGGUCAGCUAGGAGGACAAGGUAUGUGAGACGUGUCUAUUAAAAGACGUUGGAAGGACAAGCAAGAACAACAACGAAAUAAAAAGACAACAGAUUUGAUAAAGAAAUACCCCUUAACCCACUUUCAAAAGAAAUGAAAAA